UGGAGGUCACGGACACGCCCCUCUUUGAUCUGAUUUGAUCUAGCUGUGAGAUUGAGAAGUCAUCAUGGCUGAUGGAAAGAAGAAAGAAACACAGCCUGGGUCACCUGAUGAGACAGGAUUGGACAGGAUCAAGGCACUCUUACCUGGUGAUGACUUAGCCCCUGAGCUGAAGGAGUUGUCCCUAACUAUAUUCAUAGCGUCUGUUGCCGGGUUCCUAUUUGGUGGGAUGAUAGGAGCUCGUCACUCUGGAGACAAGUUCAUCACUCACAACCACGCCUCCAAGUUCACUUCUGUCAUGCAAGCUCAGCGUCAGCUCCACGCUGCGUCUUUGUUGGGGUUUAUGCGCAAAGGCUCUCACUGGAGCUGGAGGGUGGGACUCUUUGCUGGUCUGUUCAGUGGUACGACCCUCCUCCUGUCAGAGUAUAGAGACAAACAAGACUCUCUCAACUACAUCUCCGCUGGAGCUCUCACUGGAGGUGUGUUCAGGGUGGCCCGAGGACUCAAACCCUUCAUAGGGGGUACUGUGCUGGGGACGUUGAUAAGUGUUCCGGUUGGCAUGGCGAUGACAGGGGUUGAGCGAAUGUUGAUGAGUGGAGUGGAGAGAGACAAACAGAGACAGAGGAAACUUGAGGCUCGGAGGAAAUACAGGGACAAAUGGGACCAUAAACUGGGUGCCACCUCUGCUCUCAUUCAAGACAUGGCUGAUGAGCCCUCCAGUGGUAUACAGGGCUACUACAAGCUGGACCCUAGCAACAGCAGCAGCACUGGGGACAGUAGUAGGUUGGACAACAAUAGUAGUCAGUCCUGUGACAAGACGUAGCGUGUAUAGAAUAAGUACGUGUUUAAUCGUUUUUGUUCGUGCGUAUAAUUAUUAUCAACCACCAUAAUAACCAAUCUAAAUUA